UUCUCGCGAGAGGAGACGGUUUUUUUUUUCAAACGAGAACUUGUAACCCCGCCUCACCUCUCAAGGGUCAUAAGAUUAGCGCCUGCGUCCUAGACCCAAGAUCUUUCCUGGUCGCCUACUGGCUAUUAACUCGGCUACGGGCUGAGCCGAGGUCCAUUACGGAAGUAAGUCCUUUAAGAGCACCCCGGCCCCUGCUCUUCGGCGGAAGCGUGUCACAAUGUAGCCGUCCGCCCUUAGCGGAAGUUCGUCGCGUCGCAGUUGCCCCCGCACAGCGGAUGUGUGUCGCCGCUUAGGUGACGCUGGGAAGUGCUUGCAGCCUUCGCCGCUGCCUUCUGGUUGAAGCACUAUGGAGGGAGAGAGGAAGAAUAACAAUAAACGGUGGUAUUUUACUCGAGAACAGCUGGAAAAUAGCCCAUCCCGUCGUUUUGGCGUGGACCCAGAUAAAGAACUUUCUUAUCGCCAGCAGGCGGCCAAUCUGCUCCAGGACAUGGGCCAGCGUCUUUACGUCUCACAAUUGACUAUCAACACUGCUAUAGUAUACAUGCAUCGAUUCUACAUGAUUCAGUCCUUUACACAGUUCCAUCGAAAUUCUGUGGCUCCAGCAGCCUUGUUUCUGGCAGCCAAAGUAGAGGAGCAGCCCAAAAAGUUGGAGCAUGUCAUCAAGGUAGCACAUACUUGUCUCCAUCCACAGGAAUCACUUCCUGAUACUAGGAGUGAGACUUAUCUACAACAAGUUCAAGAUCUGGUGAUAUUAGAAAGCAUAAUUCUGCAGACGUUAGGCUUUGAACUAACAAUUGAUCACCCACAUACACAUGUGGUAAAGUGCACUCAGCUUGUUCGAGCAAGCAAGGACUUAGCACAGACUUCUUACUUCAUGGCAACCAACAGCCUGCAUUUGACCACAUUUAGCCUGCAGUACACACCUCCUGUGGUGGCCUGUGUCUGCAUUCAUCUGGCUUGCAAGUGGUCCAACUGGGAGAUCCCAGUCUCAACUGAUGGGAAGCACUGGUGGGAGUAUGUUGACGCCACUGUGACCUUGGAACUUUUAGAUGAACUGACCCAUGAAUUUCUGCAGAUUCUGGAGAAAACCCCCAACAGGCUCAAACGAAUUCGGAAUUGGAGGGCAUGCCAAGCUGCCAUGAAAACAAAAGCAGAUGACCGAGGGACAGAUGAGAACACUUCAGAGCAGACAAUCCUCAAUAUGAUUUCCCAGAGCUCUUCAGACACAACUAUUGCAGGUUUAAUGAGCAUGUCAGCUUCUUCUACCACAAGUGCAGUGCCUUCCCUUCCAGCCACUGGAGAGUCAACCAGCAACUUAAGCAGCGUGGAGAUGUUGCCCGGUGAGCGCUGGCUGUCCUCCCACCCUCCUUUUAAAGUAGAACCAGCUCAGGGUCAUCGGACUAGUGAGAAUUUAGCACUUAUAGGAGUUGAUCAUUCCUUGCAACAGGACAGUUCCAAUACAUUUAUUUCCCAGAAGCAGAACAGUAAGAGUGUGCCAUCAGCUAAAGUAUCACUGAAAGAAUACCGUGCAAAGCAUGCGGAAGAGUUGGCUGCCCAGAAGAGGCAACUGGAGAAUAUGGAGGCCAAUGUGAAGUCACAGUAUGCAUAUGCUGCCCAGAAUCUCCUGUCUCACCAUGAUAGCCAUUCUUCAGUCAUUCUGAAAAUGCCGAUGGAGGGCUCAGAAAACCCUGAGAGGCCUUUUCUGGAGAAGUCUGACAAAACAGCUUUCAAAAUGAGAAUCCCAGUGACAAGUGGAGAGAAACCUGCCUCUUCAAAACCUGAGGAGAUAAAAAUGCGCAUUAAAGUUCAUGCUGCACCCGACAAGCACAAUUCUGUGGAUGACAGCGUCACAAAGGGCCGGGAGCACAAAGAAAAGCACAAGACUCACCCGUCUAACCAUCAUCAUCAUCAUAAUCACCACUCGCACAAGCACUCUCACUCACAGCUUCCCGCUGGUACUGGGAACAAGCGUCCGAGUGAUCCAAAACAUAGUAGCCAGACAAGCACCUUAGCACACAAACCCUAUAGCUUGUCUAGCUCUUUCUCCUCUUCCAGCUCUUCUCGCAAAAGGCCCCUCCCUGAAGAGACUGGAGGGGCGGUGUUUGAGCAUUCAGCCAAGACUGCCAAGAGUACUAAAUCCUCUUCCAUGAAUUUCUCCUUCCCUCCUCUUCCUGCAAUGGCCCAGUUGCCUGGGCAUAGCUCAGACACAAGUGGCCUUCCCUUUUCACAGCCCAGCUGUAAAACUCGAGUUCCUCAUGUGAAAUUGGAUAAAGGCUCCACUGGAGCCAAUGGUCACAAUGCAACCCAGACCAUAGACUAUCAAGACACUGUGAAUAUGCUUCACUCCCUUCUCAGUGCCCAGGGCGUUCAGCCCACUCAGCCCCCUGCGUUUGAAUUUGUUCAUUCUUACAGUGAAUAUCUGAAUCCACGGGCUGGUGGAAUGUCCUCCAGACCUGGCAAUACAGACAAACCCCGGCUGCCACCUCUACCAUCAGAACCUCCUCCACCACUUCCACCCCUUCCUAAGUAAAAAAGAGAAAGAAGAGGAGGAAAAAAAUCUUUAAAAACACAUCUUUUUAAAAAACAAAACAAAACAACACAAAAAAACCCACAAACUACUGAUUCUGGACUAAGAAAAUUGUUUCCCUUAUGAAAUAUGUCACCCUUCUUGGACUAGGGAAUAAAUUAAUAUUGAGACAUAGGUGGGAGGGUGGUAGACGGCCUUGGUUAUUAUAUCUCCUGCCUCAGAAAUUUAACUAUUUUAUUAUAGCUUUUACUGGUAUUAGAGAGGUGAGAAUGUGUUAAAGCUGUGAAGGAUUAAGAAUACUUUUUCUGUUCUUGGCCUCUCCACCUCUUAAUUAGAUUGAUUAGAGUUGAUAUCUUCCCUCUUCUUGCCAGGACUGAAAUAUGGAGGGUUUAUCAAACAGUUGUGGAUCCUUGUAGUGUUUAAUAUAUCAGAAGAGAGGAAGUAUUUAAACGUCAAAAUCUUUUUAAGAGACUUUAAAAAAAUAAUUUAAAGAAAGUAAGUUAUCUGUUUAGUUUUUUAUAUAAUUGGGGAGGGGAUAGGGAUUUUGCUGUGUGUAUGAGAUACAUAGCAAUGAGUCCUGGGGGGGGGAGUGGAGGGGGUGGUUUGCAUAGGGGGGAUGGGAGGAUAGACUUGGCCAUGAGUUGAGAUAGGCUCCGGCCACUUGAAGUGUUGCGACCUUUAAGUGUGUAUGUAAGUGUGGGUAUGUGUGUUUUUCAGUGUGUGUGUUUAAAAAUCAUGUUGUAUCUUUCCCUCCCUGUCCUUCACCAUUUUCGCUUCCCAACAGUCUACUAGAGAGAGCACGGUGUGGCCUUUAGAACAUAAAGGAAAGAAGAGGCAUGUAUUUGACGUGGUAUUUUCCCUUUUCUUUAUGUGAUAAUUGAGGGUAGCCUUCUAAAUUCUAGUUUGGGCAGAUGGAGCCAGUGCCCUGAUUCUGGACUCCAUAGGAGAAGUUCCUUUUUACCCCUUUUUCCUUUUGGUGUAGAACAAAGGUGGGGGUGAGGAAGAAGGUUGGGGAGCUAGGCUGGCUUCUGCCCUACAGAAUUGGGUGUGUCUUUUUUCAUGUUGGGCUUUGGGAAAGUGUUCAAGUGAGAGCAGUCUCAGGGUCUCUGAAGGGAAGGGGGAUGUGCUGUCCUGCCUAUGAAAGCCCAGACAAUGUAUGAGAGUAGUUCUGGGAGAAGCCAUGGCACUAGAGGAUACUGAAAACAAUGGAAUUGUGAUUGGGAAUUUUUAGGACAUUAUGAAUGUACGACUUGCUUUUUAUCUGUAUAUCUGAAGGGAAACAGCUGCAUCCUCAUUUUUUGCAGCCUAUAUGACUUCAGAGAUUGGAGCUUAUGAAUUUAACAGCACUGGUGCUGUGAGCGUGAGUAAGCCUAGCCUGCAGAUGCUGUUUAGCUUGUCCAUCUUUGGUGGCUUUAGCCUCUAGGCAGAAGUUCUUCAGGAGAUUUCUAAGAGUCCUUUAGAAAAAUGGAUCACAGUCCUGUUCUUAUGGGUGCUUGAUUAUCCCAUAUUUUAGGUGUGAACAUUUUGUUGAGGAAAGAAAUCUUCCAAGGGGCUAGAAAGAAUUCUAAGCCAAGUUGUCCAGCUGAAAAUGCCACCUAGCCACAGAUCAUUUAAUGUGGUGGUGUUCGGUCUUCAUGGCAUCUUUUGCCAUGGAGAAGAUGACAGUUUGAAUUUGUCUUGUUUUUAAUGCAGCUUCUUUCACACCAAAUAUCCUUUAUGGAUAAAUUGAAAUUUUUCUGUUGAAAAGUCAGGGAGAUGGGAGUUGUACAUGUGCUGCUGCUUGCCAGGCGCAGGCUGGGGAGAAUACUGGGGCAGAUGGAGCUGAUGAUGCACUGGCCUAAUGUAGGAAGGAAUUUGUGCAGUAAACCUUACCUGAAGGUGAAUUAGCACCCUACAGCUCUGCAUAUCUGAGCUGUCCAGAGCGCGUACCGUUGCUGUGUAAAAUGAGCUCUCAGCUGAUCUAUAGACCAGUCAUACUUUAGACCUGGAAUCUCACUUUGCUUUUGUGGAUGACAUUUUCCUCUUUGUCCUUUAUAUUUUGUGUUGUGCUAGGUAGUUGGUAGAUGCGUAGUUUGUUUACUAAAUUUAGGCUUUCUGUUUUGUUUAGAUUUUGUUUGGUAGAGUCAGCUUUCCUUCCUGACCUCCCCAAAAUGUUAUUUAGUUUUCAUCUUUAUCUUUGUGGAAUUGAUGAUCACUGAUCUGAUUAUGAAAAUGUCUUUUACAGCUUUCAGUUUUCCUCAUCAAAUGUCACAUGUUUUCUAAUCACAUUCACUCCCUCAUCACAGAGAUACAUACCCGCUUGGCCCCAGCAGUUCUCCAUGGCAGUCUGUAGUUAGUUCCUUAGAAAUUUGUCAGGAGUGACCUUGAAAAAAGUGCUUACUAGAGCCUAAGAGCUGCUUUUUGCUGCGUAGUCUGGCCUUUAGUAGUUCAUUGCUGUUACAGGUCAUUUUAGAGACUUUUCCAGAUUAGCACCUCCUGAUACUGCUUUAAGAUACCUACUGUGUCUGCUUGUAGAUCUACGCAUAUGUCGUGAACCUCCUUACUGGCUCUGCAUGAAGCUGCUGCAUUGCCUUUGGGUUAGCAGAUGUGCCUGUCAGCUAGCAUGCGUAUUGUCCAAGUUCCAUACACUUAGGCUUCAAAAGGUUGUGUGGUUUCUAAACUCUGUGUCUUCUCUACCUUCACCACUUCAGAGGGUGAGAAAUGGGAUUUAUACGUCCAAAGUUAGUCUAGUAAACGUGGCUCCCCCCCCCUUCUUUUUACCUAGACUAUCAAGGAUAAGUGGUGGUAAGCAGGCCUGGAGCCUCCAGUUCUGUAAAUCUCAUUCCUAAAACUGCUUGAAUCUCAUGUUGACAAAAACAGAUACCUGUGAGUUGUCCUUAGGGCUUUUAAUCAGAUACCUGUGUUGCUGUUAGCUGAACUCUAGUGAAGCAUUAAUCUAAGGCUAAGCCGGUCUUCUGAAGCAUUGGUCAUGCUUUGGGGGCUUAGAGGAUACGUAGAAAUUAGUCUUUUCACUCAUGAAUCAGUGUGUUUCCAUUUCUGAGACCCUCAGCUUCCUCUUUUUUUUUUUAAUGAUUUUAGUGUUUUGAUUUAAUGUACCCUUUUGCAUAGUCCUAUAUUAUUGGCUUCAACAACAUCAAUAGAAAAAAUUUAAAUCUCCAUUUGGAAACAGCAAUGGAUUAGGAUAUAGAAAUAAAAUCAUGGUGACAUCAGUGCUGGAUUUACUUAAGCCUCUGCUACCUAAUUUCCCAUAUUGAAAAUCCAUACUCCUUAUACCUUGUUUCCGGACAAUUAGAGGGGUCUUAUCCCAGUAUGGUUGGAUUUUAAAUACGUGUUUCCCACAGAAA